GAAGCUAUGGAAAAAUUCCCGGAAGGGAAUUCUCUUAAGGAUAAAAUCUGAAAGGUUGGGAGUGGAUUGGAGCAGAUUUUAAGGUCUGGGAUACCAGACAAGGCCUGAAAUGUAUGCACUUACUUCAUCAUGAGGAAGACAUCUAGGCCAAGAGUUGAUUCCAGCAAGAUUUCUGAAGUGUCACAACGAUGUGACAGAGAAUAAUGAGUAGUCCCUACUGUGGCAAUUCUUCAGCUAAGAUGAGUGUUAACGAAGUCUCAGCUUUCUCAUUGACUCUGGAGCAAAAAACUGGGUUUGCUUUUGUAGGGAUCUUGUGCAUAUUCUUGGGACUUCUUAUCAUUCGAUGCUUCAAAAUCCUGCUAGAUCCUUAUAGCAGCAUGCCUUCUUCUACAUGGGAAGAUGAAGUGGAAGAGUUUGAUAAAGGAACAUUCGAAUAUGCACUUGCCUGAUAGCUCCAGCUUUGUGGUUGACAGGGUUGAAUCAUCAGGAUAUGUCGUGGAUAUAAUCAUAAUGACCUUGAGUGCUCUAGGGAAAGGCUUGCUUUAUUCACUCAAUUCAAUAAAUGUGUGUGGUUGA